CCCUAAUCUGCCGGCCGCAUACACUCUCUUCCAUUUGCUUUGCCUCGCUCCUCUGCUCCGACACGAUCAGUACCCAAAGAAACUCUAACCUCGGAGAUGAAUGCAGAGACCUCCGAUGCCCCGCCGACGAGCCUCGUCGACAGAACCGUCGUCCCCGGCGACACCGUUCUGGAUCUCACGGCCAUGGCGAACCAGACCAUCAAAUUGGGAGCAGGGCUACGCCAGGAUUGCGAUACGAUAUCGGUCAUGAAGGCUGGGAAGCUGAGGUUAUCGAAACCGAACAAGUACUGGGUCGAGAGCUCUCACAAAAGAUAUGUGCCGUGUGUGGAAGAUACAGUUCUUGGCAUUGUGGUCGAUUGUAAACCAGAUAACUUUCUGGUUGACAUAAAAGCUCCUACGUUGGCAUUUUUACCUGUGCUUGCAUUUGAAGGUGGAACUCGGAGAAACAUACCAAAGUUUGAGAUAGGUACUUUGCUAUAUGUCCGGGUGGUCAAAGCUAAUAACAGCAUGAAUCCUGAACUUUCUUGCGUGGAUGAGACUGGAAAAGCUUCAGAGUUUGGUCAGUUGAAGGAUGGUUACAUGUUUGAAACAUCAACUGGCUUAUCACGGAUGCUACUAAGCUCUCCGACAUGCCCUGUUCUUGAGGCUCUUGGAAAGACAUUGUCGUAUGAAAUAGCCGUUGGUUUAAAUGGCCGAGUCUGGGUAAAUGCUUCCUCCCCAUCGACAGUCAUUCUCGUAUCAAAUGCAAUCAUGAACUCGGAAUCUUUGAGUGGCAUGCAGCAAAAGAUCAUGGUGGAGAAACUCAUGCAGAGACUUCAAUGAGGGGAUCAUUAUUGGCACAUAUCAUCAGUCAACAACUGCUCGGUGUCUCUGCUGCAAGAAUGGCUUGCAAGCCUAACAAAACCUGGUUGUUGUCGGUGAUGAAUCAUCCAAAUCUGUUGCUGCUUUGAACAUCUGGGGAUACAAGAUUGAACAGUGGAAAUAUGUGGCAAGCCAUAUUACUUGUGUUUUCUGGACGCUUAAUGAUCCAAGCAAUGGUGAAGGAGCAUUAAAGGAUUUUUGUCACAUUAAUCUGACCAUUCUUUCGCUUCAGUCUCUUUCUUUAAAAAGCCAUCCAAAGGUCCCUCUCUUUCUACACAUUACAUCUACAUUACAUUCCCAGGUUUCGUUUUAUACAAAACUUAAAUGAUUUAAAAGAUUCA